AUGAUUUGGAAGUUUCUUCCAAAUAAAAGAGAUGAAAUCCGUCGGGCUUAUAUUAAAGUUGGGCCAAAUCAACCAAUUCUUGAUAAUUAUCCAUUUUCUGGUGAUAAAAGUCAUCAUCGCUUUCAAGCUUCAUGGUUUAAAUUGUUCCCAUCUUGGUUAGAAUAUUCUAUAGAAGAUGAUGCUAUAUAUUAUUUUCCGUACUUUCUUUUUGCUAAGGAACUUUCAAUCAAUACGGGUUCAAAUGCUUUUAUUGAGAAUGGUUUCAGAAAUUGGAAGAAAGUAAAUAGUGGAAAAGAAUGUGCUUUUUUGAAUCACAUUGGCAAAUGUCCCAACUCAUUCCAUCAUAAGGUGCUGAAAUCAUGUGAUGAUUUGAUGAAACAAUCACAACAUAUUGACAGACUUCUUCAUAAGCAAACAUUAGAAGAGAUUGAAAAGAAUCGAAUUCGACUAGGAGCAUCUAUAGAUUGCAUUAGAUGGUUAACAUUUCAAGGUUGUGCAUACAGAGGGCAUGAUGAAAGCCAAAGUUCAAGCAACAGAGGUAACUUUUUGGAAAUGUUGAAAUUUUUGGGAUCUUACAAUGAAAGAGUGAAAAAGAAUAUUUUGAAAAAUGCUCCAAAAAAUGCUAAGUAUACUUCAAAUGAUGUCCAAAAAGAAAUUCUACAUAUUCUUGCUACUAAGGUGAGAAAUUCAAUUAGAGAAGAGAUUGGAGAUGCCAAAUUUUGUAUUAUUGUUGAUGAAGCUAGAGAUGAAUCUAAAAAGGAGCAAAUGGCCAUUGUUUUGAGAUUUGUUACUCUAGAUGGUUUUGUUAAAGAGAGAUUCUUUAAUCUUGUACAUGUCACUGAUACUUGUGCAACAACUUUAAAGAAAGAAUUGAUUUCUGUCCUUUCUCAUUAUAAUCUCCAAGUUGAAAAUAUUAGGGGUCAAGGGUAUGAUGGUGCUAGCAACAUGCGGGGUGAGUGGAAUGGUUUGCAAGCUUUGUUUCUUAAAGAUUCUCCACAAGCAUACUAUGUACAUUAUUUUUCUCUUAGGUUACAAUUAGCAUUGGUGGCAGCUUCAAGAGAGGUACUUCAAAUUCAUGAAUUUUUUACUCAAUUAAACUCUAUUGUCACUAUUGUUAGUGUUUCUUCAAAAAGACAUGAUCAAUUACAAGAAGAUCAAGCAAUUGAAAAUGCAUACUUGGUUGCUCAAUAUGAAUUAGAAAUAGGCAAAGGUGCGAAUCAAAUAAACACUUUACAAAGAGCUGGGGAUACUUGA